AUGGUGUCUACGACAGCAGCUCCGUCGGUCGCGGCCGUAUCGGAGCGCCGUCUGCUCUGGAAGAUCGACUUGCUCCUCAUGCCACUCAUGACCAUCGCCUACGGUCUUCAGUUCUACGACAAGGCCAUCCUCGCGUCCGCAUCCAUCUUCGGAAUUCUCAAAGACCUCGAGCUCUCCGUAGUUCACCCAGGCACUCCACCAAAGACGUCGCUCGAACGAUACUCGACCGCCACCUCCGCUUUCUACUGGGGCUACCUCGUUGCGGCGCUUCCCAUGGCGUUGCUCGUACAGCGUUUCCGAGUCAAUGUCUUUCUCGGAUGCGCCAUCGUGCUCUGGGGUAUCAUCGUGAUCCUCACUCCGGCGAUUGCGAGCUGGCGGGGAUUGAUCGCGCAACGAUUCUUUUUGGGCGCGAUCGAGAGCGCUGUCAGUCCUGGAUUCGUGCUCAUCACCAGGUCCUGGUACAAGAGGUCGGAGCAGCCGUUGAGGUUGGGCAUUUGGUACUCGGCGACGGGGCUGUUCUCCAUCUUUUCGGGAUUGGUCAACUAUGGAUUGGGAAAAGCGGGGAGUAGAGCAGGAGCAAAGCUGGCUGCGUGGAAGUACAUGUUCCUGUUUGCUGGUUCGCUUACCAUCGUGUUUGGGGUGGUGAUGCUGUUGCUGUUGCCUUCGGCGCCGACGGGAGAUGCUCUGGUCAGGAUUCCCGGGUACAAUCGCUUCUCGCCAGAAGAGAAGAGUGUUGCAGCGGGCCGAUUGCGAUCCAACGUCACGGGCGAAUUGAACGAGGACGACGUUUCUACCCUCCGCGCGAGCUCGAGCGCCGAUCACAAGGAGGCGUCCCUUGACGAGCAUGCCGCCACGCCACCCAAGACUCAAACCUCAGAGGACAUUCCUCCUACGGCCCUUCCCACCGCCGGUCUCAAAGACAAGCUUGCAUCGCUCAACGUGUCCGCCGCCACCUCUGGCAUUCGCGAGCGGUGGAACGUAGCCCAGAUCAAGGAGGCACUCCUCGACUACAAGCUCUACAUCUUCUUCCUGCAAGCCACCAGCAUCUACAUCUGCAACGGAGGCGUCACCGCCUUUGGUGCCUACAUCAUCAGAUCCUUCGGCUACACCUCGCUCCGCUCCAUCAUCCUCCAAACACCCGGUGGAGCGACCACUGCGGUCUCGAUCUACAUUUCCACCGUCGUCGUGCUCAAAGUGCGCAACUCGCGAUCCGUGCUGCUCAUCCUCACAUGCUUGCCCGUGAUUGCAGGCGCAGCGAUGAUCUGGAAGGGCGACUGGUCGAACCGCGCGAUCCCACUGGCGGGUUACUACCUGCUACCCAUCUUUGGCGCUCCCUUCGUGCUGAUGCUUUCGCUGAGUACGGCCAACAUCGCAGGUUCUACGAAGCAGUCGAUCACAUCGGCGUUCGUAUUUGCCGGGUACAAUGUGGGCAAUAUCAUCGCUCCAUACCUCACGUUGGCUUCGGAAGCUCCGAUUCACUACAGGCGGACGUUUGUUGCCAUCAUCACGUGUAUGGCCAUCACGGUCGUGCUGACUUUGGUGUUGGACGCGGGACUGUGGUGGCAAAAUAGAACGAGGAGGGCAGCUAGGGAGAGAGAGGCCAAGACUAAGGAAGAGGUGGACGAGGUCAAGAAGAGAGCGAUCUUGGAGGAUUGGACCGAUGGUCAGAAUCCGUACUUUGAAUACGCUUACUGA